AGAGAGAGGCUCCUGGCUGAGCUCCAUUGUCUCCCUCAGUGUCCCUUCAUCUACCGCACGGACGACUAGCUUGUCUCCUCCUUUCCCCGGCAGCUCUCCUCUCACCUCCAAGUUAAAACACACACACUCACUCGCCGCAGCCGCCUGCAGCUUUACCGAGCGCUUUGAAGCAGCACUCACCUCUGCACUGCUGCUCCAAGCAGAAAAACACCUCCGUUCUUCCUUCUUCUUCGUCUUCUCCUUCUUCUCGUAAAGAGACGCCAUGGGGAAACAGAACAGCAAGCUGACCCCUGAGGUGCUGGAGGACCUGGUGAAGAGCACAGAGUUUAACGAGCAUGAGCUCAAGCAAUGGUACAAAGGCUUUCUGAAGGACUGCCCCAGUGGCCGUCUCAACCUGGAUGAGUUCCAGCAGCUCUAUGUCAAGUUUUUUCCCUAUGGUGACGCAUCAAAGUUUGCCCAGCACGCCUUCAGGACCUUUGACAAAAAUGGAGAUGGCACCAUUGACUUCAGGGAGUUUAUCUGCGCCCUUUCAAUCACAUCGCGGGGCAGCUUUGAACAGAAACUCAACUGGGCCUUCAACAUGUAUGACCUGGAUGGAGAUGGCAAGAUCACACGAGUGGAGAUGCUGGAAAUCAUUGAAGCCAUUUACAAGAUGGUGGGCACCGUGAUCAUGAUGAAGAUGAACGAGGAUGGCCUGACGCCCGAGCAGCGGGUCGACAAAAUCUUCAGUAAGAUGGAUAAGAACAACGAUGACCAGAUCUCGUUGGAGGAGUUCAAAGAGGCAGCAAAGAGUGACCCGUCCAUUGUAUUACUGCUGCAGUGUGACCUGCAAAAAUAAGGGCGGCAUCCGAGGGAACGCCAAAGGACUGCACAGAAGAUUAAUGUUCCAUUCAGUUUGCAGCUAUUUCCACUGAAAAAAUUUGCUUGGACUACCUUUCAAUGGAUCCGCUUCCUGUGUUUGAAACACUUGUGUGCAUGAGAAUGUUCUUUGCUAACAAAUUUUACACAUGCACGCACACAAGCACACACCUCACACACCACACAGACACACACAAACACACACACACACACACACAUACAGACACUACAAGCUCAUACAGAACAUACCACGCACAAAUAGAGUUCUACAAAUAUAAAUAUAAACAUAUAAAUAUGAAUAUAAAUAUAUAUAUUUAAGUUGUUCAAAUAAACUGCCAAAAUGUGAACAGUGUGCAAAGGUACUUUCCAUACAGUCUCAUUCCACUGAAGCUUGCACAUCACUGAUGUGCUCUGUUUAAUUAAGCUACUAUUUAUUGUUCAACUUCUCUGAUGCUAGCUAUGUGUAUCAUAAUACUGUGUGACGUCAUCCAAAUCAGUUCCUAUGAUAAUGGCAACUGUUUCAGGUGACCCAUUUCUACGUUGUUCGAGCAGAAAGAAAAUGUAUUCUUUUCCAUCUUCAAACGUGCUCGUACUGUCGGUGAAUAUAAACAAGUAGUUUAUUUGCAUGCCAUUAGGUCUGCCUUAAAAAUGCUAAAGAAAUACUGAAGACAAAGCCUUAUAAAAAAAAAGAAACAAGUCUGGGUAAGUAAACCAUUAGAAAGGCCUGUUUCACUAGGAUAUGCAAAUCCUUUGAUGAUGUGAGGGAUGUAUUUUAUGCUGAUCCAUUCAUCAUUUCUGAAUCUGUUUUUGGCACCUGUGGGACAAUGGUUUCUCAUAUGGUUUAUAGCCAUUUAUUUGGCAUUGUGCACAUGGCAGGCAAAGCAGAAAUGAAUGUGGCUGAUAAAGCAAUGUACAACUAAGAGCUGAGGUGAAAUCUAAGCAAGGCAAUUAUGAAAUAUGUGUAUGUGUGUAUUCCCAGUUGCACCGUUUAACAGUGCAUUGAAAACAUUCCUUUUUUAUUAGUCUUUACUGCAAGCUAUGUGCGCAAAAUGACCAAGUGUGGCAAUGGUACAGAUAAAAUAUAGGUACUGGGGCAAAUUCUGGGUCACAAUUGUAAUGAAAGAAAAAGGUAGAAACAUUUAAAAAUGAAAUGAUUUGGUGGUAUAUAGUCUGUUGAUAUUCAAAGAGUGUGGAGCUUUCAGAUUUAACCACCCACUUUGACAGGAAGAGGUCACUGACUGAUGUAUUUUACCAUGGUGUAUUAACGGGAGUGUGGAAUCUGAAAGGCUCUUUUCUUGUAACAAUGCCAAAUGCAGAGAUUACUCUGCAAGUUUACGCUUAUUAUGAUUAUUAUUGGUUUACUUUAAUGCAGAUGAGACUAGCAUGUGUGUAAUAUGUUGACAUACAGAUACAGAUAUUUGCACCAAGAGAAACUAGCAUAGUUAUGGGAGAUUUGAUUUUACACUGUGAAUUUGGAUUGAUGUUUUAAUUACGCAAAAUACAUUUCGGCAACCCAACUGAUCGGCUAAAGAAAAAAAAAUGAGAUUUGAAAUGAAUAUGUUUAAUGAAUAAAGCCCUUGAGGAUUUAGUGCAAGUAUUCAAUAUUUCCUAAAGUAACACUUAUUGCAGUAACUAAGUAGAAUUAUCAGUGUUUCCCAACCCUAAGUAUGGGUCUGCUGUGUUGCAAAGUAUUUCAUGUUUUCUUCUUAAUAUACAGGGCUGCAUAUCACUUCAUAGGAAUACUUUUGUUUAAUCAAAAUGUUUACUUGGGUUAGGAGUCCGAAUCGUAUCUUUUAGUUGAAAUUUUUUCAUCUGAUAUGUUUUGUGUUAUUCUGAAAGAGUUAUUUAAAGCUCCUCUUUUAUUCCUACCUAUGGUGUUUACACAGAUCUAACACAGAAAUUGUCAGAGGAAAUGUGUUUAAUCUUGCUUUGGAGAUUUGCCUAGCCCAAUGUCAUCAUCAGCAUAAUGUCAUCAUUACAAAUGUAUAUUUUCUCUGCAUCAACUGCUUAUUUAUUUAUUCACUGACUGACACCUCUGGUUCCAUGUCAUGAUUAAAAGCUUUUUGCACCUAUGUGAUUUCACAUGUUUACCUAACUGGCCUCUCACCAAGUUUCAUCCAAUGCCAACCAGUUUGGUUUUGAAUUAUUUUGUACAUGUAGCAUGUAUUGUGCCCCUGAUGCCAUGGCUGCACUACUCCUUGUGUUGUGGUUUAAACUAAUAAAAUAAUAUAUGGGCCUGUU